CGGGCUCCCGCCUGGGGAGGCGCGGCGAGUAGUGGCCCGGCGGGGGGAGUGGUCCGUCCGGGCGGGGGGCGCUAGGCAGCGGCGGGGAGGGGCGCUUGGGAGAGCCCGCGAGGGGCAGGCAAGCCCCGGGCUGAGGCCGGCCAGCCCCCCCGGCGCGCGCUGGGGUCCCCCUCCCCAGGGCGCCGCCUCCGCCGCUUGGAUCCCCUGAAGCCCUCGCAGGCAGGCUCGUGGCCAAGGGCGGCAUCCUCCUCCUCAUCCCCCGGGAGAGGAGCACCAGCAGGCGGCGGGUGCAGGGCUCGGGCCAGCCCGGGGGGCGCCGUCUGUUUUGGGGGGCCCCGGGGAGCGCUGAGGCCGCGGGUGGGGAAUGGCUGGCAGAAGCCGCCGCUCCUGGCUCAGCGUGUUGCUAGGACUGGUGCUGGGCUUCAUCCUGGCUUCGCGCCUCAUCCUGCCCCGGGCCUCGGAGCUGAAGAAGGCGGGACACCGGCGCAAAGCCAGCCUGGACGGCUGCAGGGCCAAGGCCGGCGGCGGGAUGCUGCGCGGGGCCUCGCGGGGGGCCUCGCUGUGGCCCCACCCGGAGCUGGCCCAGCGCCCGGGCGCCAUCCCGCCGGCCAAGAACUUCCUCUUCGUGGGGGUCAUGACGGCCCAGAAGUACCUGCAGAGCCGGGCGGUGGCGGCCUACAGAACAUGGUCCAGCACGAUCCCUGGCAAGGUUGAAUUCUUCUCCAGCGAGGGCUCAGACACUUCCCUUCCCAUUCCCAUCGUGCCGUUGCCCGGUGUGGACGACUCCUACCCGCCCCAGAAGAAGUCAUUUAUGAUGCUCAAGUACAUGCAUGACCACUACUUGGACAAGUACGAAUGGUUCAUGCGAGCAGAUGACGACGUUUACGUCAAAGGGGACAAACUGGAGAACUUCCUUCGGAGUUUGAAUAGCAGCGAGCCCCUCUUUCUUGGGCAGACGGGACUGGGCACCACAGAAGAGAUGGGGAAGCUGGCCCUCGAACCCGGAGAGAAUUUCUGCAUGGGGGGCCCGGGGGUGAUCAUGAGCCGGGAAGUUCUGCGGAGGAUGGUCCCUCACAUUGGGGAGUGCCUUCGGGAAAUGUACACCACCCAUGAGGAUGUGGAGAUUGGGAGAUGCGUGCGGAGAUUUGCAGGUGUGCAGUGUGUCUGGUCUUACGAGAUGCAGCAGCUGUUUUAUGAGAACUAUGAACAGAACAAAAAGGGUUACAUCAGAGACCUCCGAAACAGCAAGAUUCAUCGAGCUAUCACCUUGCACCCAAACAAGAGCCCACCCUACCAGUACAGGCUCCACAGCUACAUGCUAAGCCGCAAGAUAGCAGAGCUGCGCUACCGGACCAUACAGCUACACCGAGAAAUUGUCCUCAUGAGCAAAUACAGUAAUACGGAAGUCCGCAGAGAAGAGCUUCAGCUGGGGAUUGCGCCCUCCUUUAUGCGGUUCCAGCCACAUCAGCGCGAAGAGGUUUUGGAGUGGGAGUUCCUCACCGGAAAGUAUCUUUAUUCAGCCGCAGAUGGGCAACCACCCCGUCGAGGGAUGGAUUCCUCCCAGCGUGAGGCAUUGGAUGACAUUGUGAUGCAAGUCAUGGAAAUGAUCAAUGCGAAUGCGAAGACCAGAGGACGGAUUAUUGACUUCAAGGAGAUACAGUACGGCUAUCGCAGAGUCAACCCAAUGUUUGGGGCCGAGUAUGUCCUUGAUUUAUUACUCUUGUACAAGAAGCACAAAGGAAAGAAAAUGACUGUUCCUGUCAGAAGGCAUGCGUACUUGCAACAGACCUUUAGCAAAAUUCAGUUUAUGGAGCACAAAGAGAUGGAUGCCAAAGAACUGGCCAGUCAUAUCAACCAGGAUUCAGGGUCUUUGUCUUUCCUUUCCAAUUCUCUGAAGAUGUUUGUCCCAUUCCAGCUGAGUAAGUCAAAAGUGGAGAAGAAGGAACCCAAAGACAAGAAGAUCAACAUCUUAAUUCCUCUCUCCGGACGCUUUGAUAUGUUUGCACGCUUCAUGAUGAACUUUGAAAAAACGUGCCUCAUUCCAAAUCAGAAUGUCAAAUUGGUUGUCCUCUUGUUCAACUCAGACUCCAAUCCCGAUAAGGCAAGGCAAGUAGAACUGAUGAGAGAUUAUCGCCUUAAAUACCCCAAGGCGGAUAUGCAGAUCUUGCCAGUUUCUGGAGAAUUCUCCCGAGCUCUGGCAUUAGAAGUUGGAUCCUCUCAGUUUAACAAUGAGUCUCUGCUGUUCUUCUGUGAUGUUGACUUAGUGUUUACGACAGAGUUUCUCCAGCGGUGCAGAGCCAACACAGUGUUGGGCCAACAGAUUUAUUUCCCAAUCAUCUUUAGCCAGUAUGAUCCAAAGAUUGUUUAUAGUGGGAAAGUUCCUAGUGAUAAUCAUUUUGCCUUCACCCAGAAAACAGGCUUCUGGAGGAACUACGGCUUUGGGAUUGCCUGUAUUUAUAAAAGCGACCUUAUUCGAGCAGGUGGCUUUGAUGUUUCUAUCCAAGGUUGGGGUCUUGAGGAUGUGGACCUGUUCAACAAAGUUAUCCAAGCUGGUCUAAAGACUUUCCGAAGCCAAGAGGUUGGCGUAGUCCACAUACAUCAUCCUGUCUUUUGUGACCCUAAUCUGGAUCCAAAACAGUAUAAAAUGUGCUUAGGGUCCAAAGCCUCAACUUAUGGAUCUACACAACAGUUAGCCGAGUUGUGGCUUCAGAAAAACGAACCAAGUUUUGGGAAAAACAGCAAUGCUAACGGUUCUCUGAGGACAGCCUAAUAUCCAGCUAUGCUGGGAAAGAACUACUUAUUGCAUUUUUUUUAAUUGCCCUAAUUUAUUUUUUUGCAAAACAUUUUGAUAGCUGGGGUUUUUUUAAGAAAAAAACAAAAACAAGACUGCACGAGGGUAUAUUUUAGAAACCAUCGUUUUCUUAUGACAACCUGAGCUUCCCCCAUUCCCCUGAAUAAAACUGUGAUCAAUCUUUGCCUUUUGAACAACAGUCCGCAGCUGAGUAUUAUGGCUUGCCUGGUUCCAACUUCUGACAACUUGAAAUAGUAUCUUUUGCUGAUAAACAGACUUUGUUUUUUUAUUUAAAAAAUAAAUUCCCACCCCCAACUCCAAACCCCACCGCUCACUGAGUAAGCAAUUGAAUGCAAAAAGGCACAAAUGAGUCACUUAAAUUUGUUUCCUCUUGUAGUUGUAACAGAAUAAAUGGAUUCUUCCUUGUAUUUUUUCUUAAUGUGCUAGAACAAAGAAAAUCAUGUGGCAGUGUUAGAUAAUUUGCUUACAAGAGUCUUUCAUAUGGUUGAUAUUUCAACCUCCAAAUGUUCCUUUUUGCUCAUUGUAUUUUGGGCGAGCAGAAAAUAAGGAAAAAACAGAGCACAACCUUUUUUUACUCGUAGUCUUUUGUUUAAAAAAAAAGCCUCUCUUUACUUAGUCUGUAUGUGGAUCUGAUGUUUAAAAAUCCAUAGCAGAUUCUGAGUUCUUCUAAAUUUGAUCUCCUGUGUAGAUGCCUUGAUGGCAGAAUGCAAACAUUUAGAGUGAAACUACUUUUUUUGGCUGUAAAAUGCACCAGACUUAAAACCGAGACACUCCAAAUUGAAUAUGUUGGGAAAACCAUUCAUUUUCUUCUCAACCAGUUAACAGUAUUUCGAUUGGGAACGAUUUACUUUGUUUCCUUUGCUUAAUUAGUUCAUUUUUUCCUGUAUUGGAUAGACCUUUAAUUUAUUUAAUAUCCUUUGUUUUAAAUUCCUGUCUUUUUUUAAAAAAAAUAACUGCUAGUCAUUAAUAUUUAUAUAUCUUAGAAAUGUAUUGCAUUUUCUUACUGUUAAAAAUAGUGUACCUUUUCUUACUUUGCAGUAAACUGAUCUCCAAAGA